AUGGCGUCUUCGAAUUUCGGUCGUGCAGCUCUCAAUUCCCCUCCUAUCUUCACUGGCUCGAAUUACACGUCAUGGAAGAAGAGGAUGAAGAAGUUCCUCUGGACAAUUGAUGACGAGCUGUGGUUGGUUGUCCAAAAUGGUCCUAUUCAAAUGGAUGUCGAAAAUCAACCCCAGUGGACUGCAGUUCAAAAGAAAAAUGCUCAGUUAAAUCAACGGGUGUGCAUGUCUUGCAAGCUGUGA